CAAAGAGAGAGAGGGAGAGAAACUAGAGAUAGAAAUUGUGUGAGAGAGUGAGAGAGGAGAGAUGAGCGAGAAUCCACAAACGUUAAACUCUCUGGUGCUUCCAUGGAAGUUGAGGCUCCUCCUUCGUAUGAUUUCGGCUAUUACAAAUCUCGCUUGUCGAUCUGACGGCACCGUCAACCGCCGUCUCCUCAGCUUCUUAGAUUCCAAGGUUCCGCCCAGCGAAAUACCUGUCAGAGGCGUUAAAACCGCCGAUAUAACCGUCGACCCUACCCGAAACCUCUGGUUUCGCGUCUUCACCCCCACUGAGCCUGCCGAUGACGUCAGCCUUCCGGUGAUCGUCUUCUUCCACGGCGGUGGAUUCGCCCUACAAAGCGUCGACAACAAGGGAUACGAUUUCAUCGGCCGCCGGAUGGCGCUUAAGGCCUCCGCCGUCGUCGUCUCCGUCAACUACCGCUUCUCGCCGGAACACCGGUUCCCGGCACAGUACGACGACGGGUUCGACACUCUCUUGUUCCUCGACGGAAGAAGUUGCAAGGGGUUUCCGGCGAAUGCCGAUCUCUCGCGGUGCUUCAUCGCCGGCGACAGCGCCGGAGCCAACUUAGCUCACCAAACUGUGUGCAGGGCGGCGAAAGCGGAGUUUCGGAAUCUGAGGGUGAUCGGGUUGAUCUCAAUCCAGCCGUUCUUCGGCGGAGAAGAGCGGACCGAAUCGGAGAUCCGGCUCAGGGGAGCGCCGCUAGUGCCGGUGGAGGUCACGGACUGGAUGUGGAAGGCGUUCUUGCCGGAGGGUUCGAACCGGGACCACGAGGUGGUGAACGUAUCGGGGCCAAAUGCGGCCGAUAUAUCGGGUCUGAAAUAUCCCACGACGUUGUUGUUGAUCGGAGGUUUCGAUCCCUUACAAGACUGGCAGAGGAGAUACUACGAGUGGUUGAAGAGGUCGGGCAAAGAAGUUGAGUUGAUCGAGUACCCCAACGCGAUCCAUGCGGCCUAUGCAUUUCCCGAAUUGCCCGAAUCUUCUCUCAUAUUUACGGAGAUCAAGAAUUUCGUUGCCAAUCAAUCUAGAAAAAUGCCAAAUUGAGAUAUAAAUAAAACGAAUAAUAUUAAUUGUUAAUUUUAUCUUUAACAAUCUUGUAGCCGAUUAUUAAUGGGGACUAUGCCCAAUUUAUUAACUGGUACAAGAGAUAGGCGGUGUAUAUGUGUGUGUGGUAGUCUCCUUUCAAUUAUAUUUUAAUAAAUUUGACUAUUUGUAUGUUGAUAGAAUA